AUGAUCGCGAUCGGCACUAUUUUAAUAUCGAACCAAUGGCCUCUUGGCCUUGGUCUGAUGGUAUUGUUACUCACGGCCACUGCACUUAAAUACACCCAAAGUUGGCACAAGUCCCUGUUCAACAAAUUUCAUAUCCAACAUCGACGCACAUCUACAUCCGCAACACCACCUCGAUCAUUGUCUCCAAGCAAGAAGAGUGCAGAAAAAUAUUUAAACUCCACUAGCAAAGCCCCAAAUUACUACGAUGCAUUUCCUCCCUCAAGACGUACUACGCUUCCACAAGUUGCGGAAACAAUCCCCCCACGAAUCGGCACGGUCUUGACCUCAACCAACCCAUCAACCGAACUCAUGGCGAAAAACAAAUUGCCCAUGGUUCAGUCUUAUACUCUCGGCUUCGAAACUCCAAAAUAUACGCCAAUGGGGUUCUCUACUCAAGAAAUUAACGCCAUGGGUGAUUUUCCCCCUUAUGAUAUCUUGACCGGCGUCCCACUACCCCAACCACUUCAAGGAUUUAAACCCGAAAAGGCUCUUCCCAGACCGUACAGACCUAUAAGAUGGCAAUAUCAUCAAACCAUGUCUUUUCAAAAAAUGGAACCUGAUUGGUGGCUCGAAGUCGAGAACACAUAUUGUUCCCGCAUCGCCGAACGUCAAGGGCUCUUCAAACAAUACGGCAAAAUGGUCCUCGACUACCUUCCAGGCAGCGAACUCGUCACCAAAGAACUUAUGGAAAUGUGUCUUCAAUUCUACUGUGCCCGCUACCCUGCCCAUUUCUCCCUCUCGCCGGAUCACAGAACAUUCCACAACGCUCUUCUCAAAACCACUACCGAGAUCAAAUCCAUGCAUCCCCUCCACGUCCUUCUCAACAAUGUUCCUGAAGAUUUUGCCAUCGUGCUAAGGAAUGAUCAAGAUGGCAUGUAUUAUUUUCGCGCCGGCGUCGUCUGUAGUUCGCUAGGCUGGAACGUCUCUACGAAGAUUGGAUUGAAGCUCGAGGAUAUCCAUAAACCUAUCCCUGAUUACAAAGAAAAAAUGUCUUUCAGCAUGGAUCGUUAUUUCACCAAGAUGUCCGCCGAUGCUCCCAUCCAGCGUGGUAGUUGGGGGCUCGAGAUCGACGCUCCGUUGUUUAUGCCAGCGGGUCACCCGCAUGAAAAAUUGCGCGAAAUACAAAAGGAGGGUUUGAUGAUUGAAGAAUGUACUUUGAGAGUUGAUUGGCAGACACUGAGACGAUUGCCGUUGAGUGGGGGCGUGGUGUUUAAUUUCAAGGCGCUGUUCACGCCAGUGACGGAACUUAGGGAUGAACCGUAUGUACCGGCGUUAUUGUGCAAGAUCUUGAAGGAGGGAAAAAAGACGUUGAUGGAUUAUAAGGGGACGUGGCAUGUAGAGCAUGCGGUUAUCCCGGCCAUGGAGGAGUGGGCAAGGGAACAGGUGGAGAAGGGGUGGGUGGUGCCGCAGGAGGGAGAGCUUACUUGGAAGGAGGAGACGUUGGGGGAAAGCCCGUAUUUUGCGGGGUGGGAGGAGAAGUGGCAUAGGCAGCAGGGGUUUUAG